AUGACCUCUAGCUGCUGCCCUGCUGCAGCAGGGGGAGAUGGGGAUCGGGAUCGAGUCGAUCCCGUGUCCAGUACAGGAGACGUAUCCGAGGAGAGCUCGAGGCUGUCUCCAUCUACUGCAGCAGCAGCAGCAGAACCAGCAGCAGCAACUGCAGCACCAUCACCUUCUCCUGCUGCUACUGAUGCAGCAGCAGCAGCACCAGCAGCAGCAGGUGGCUCCUCCGAUGGAUCAUCAGCAGCUGCACCCCCCCCACCCCCACCACCAUCAUCAUCAUCAGCAGCAACAGACACAGCAGCAGCAGCAGAACCAUCAACAGCAGCAGCAGCAGCAGCAGCAGCAGGAGCAGCAGCAGCAGCAGCAGGAGAAGGAGACAGUUGCCCUCGUCGUAAUAGAUGGGCAGAUGAGAGUGACGAUCUCGACUCCCCCGCCUUCGAUCCCAUGGCACCGGGAUCGUCUCCUCCCCCUCUGCAUCUAGAGGAGGAGGAGGAGGAGGAGGAGGAGGAGCAGGAGGAGGAGGGGGAGGAGGAGGAGGAGGAGGAGAUAAUCAUAAUAGGCAUAGACAAAAUACUCUUAGUGGUAACGGAGGUCUCCUUUGUAUCCCAUGAGGCCGUCUGUGCUGCACUAGCAAUGAAUGGCAAACCCCUCCCUCAUCGGGGGGCCUCGGGGGCCCCUCUUCUGCUGCAGCAGCAGCAGCAGGUGGUGCUGCAGCAGCAGGUGGUGCUGCAGCAGGAGCUGGAGAGGGACAAAGAAGGGGACACACUGCAGCAGGAGCACCAGCAGCAGCAAAUGCAGCUGGGUCUCCUCUUAGUAGAGGGGGGGGGCCCUCAGGAGGAGGGAAGCAGCAAGGAACAGCAGCACGAACAUCCGAGCAGCAGCAACAGCAGCAGCAGCAGCAGCAGCACCAACGGUACUGCACCUGCAGCACCGCUUGUUGCCCCUAAAGAUCUUCUAAAGGAACAACUUAAACCCCAAGGGUUGAAGUUGAAUCCCGCAAUAUUUGGUGAGGCAAAACCACGUGAUGAGGCAGCAGUGCUGCAGCGUCUUAGGGAGGGGAGAGAAGCAGGGGCAUCUAAGGCAGCAGCAGCAGCAGCAACAGGUGCAGCAGCAGGAGCAGCAACAGCAGCAGCAACAACUGCAGCAAUGAAUCUGCAAGCGGCAAAAAUGCCAGUACCCCCUCCACCACCACCACCACCGCAGCAGCAGCAGCAGCAACCGCAGCUGCGCUGGAGGAGCAACAAUGUGCCGCAGCAGCAGCAGCAGCAGCAGCGGCAGCAGCAGCAGCAGCGGCAGAAUUCCCCUGAGAGGCAACAAAGACGUAGACAAGAUCCUCUCUGUGGGGCAAAACCGCGGGAAGGUCUUCCUCUUAUUUCUCCUCAAGAGCAGCAGCAGCAGCAGCGGGCUUCGCUGUCGCUGAAGCCACCAACAUCCGCAGGUGCAGCAGAAACAGCACCUAUGAAGGGUACAGCAGCAGCAGCAGGUUCCCCUGCAGCAGCAGAUAGGAGGUCUGCUGCUGUAUGGGGGAACCGUCUUGCUGCUGCUGCUGCACCGCAGCAGGGAGCAACAUCGCCUAUACGCCGCAGUUGGCGGUCGGGACCGGACACUGCUAGCAGCAGCAACAGCAGCAGCAGCAGCAGCAGCAGCAGCAAUACAGACGCAGCAGGUGGUGCUGGGGGAAGGAGGAGGAGCAGCAGCAGGGGGCCCACUGGCGAGGCGCAGCAGCAGCGCAGCAGACAGGGUACGGUGUCAGGGGCCAGUGAAGCAGCAGGGGCCCCAGGGGAACAGCAGGAGCAGCAGCAGCAGAAGCAAGGUAGCGCAGCAGGUGCAGCACGACCAGGCGCAAUAGCAGCUCAGCUGCUGCAGGAGAGAGCAGCGAAGAAUCAAGAAGAGGAAAAAGAGCAGCAGCAGCAGCAAGAGCAGCAGGAGCAGCAAGGCAGGAAGACAAAAGGGAGACAGACGAGAACAGAGGGAGCAGCUGAUGCAAGCGGAGCGCAGCAGCAGCAGCAGCAGCAGCAAGCUGAGGGUAGCUCAGCACAUCAGGGGCCCCCUGAGGAGUCUCCGAAUGGUGCGAGACAAUCUCAUCAGCAGCAGCAGCAGCAGCAACACCAGCAGCUGCAGCAGCAACACCAGCUGCCGCUGCCUCCACCACCACCACCACCACCGCACCAGCAGCAGCAACAGCAGCAGCACGGCCACCGCGGCGGAGGCAGGGACGAAUGGAGAAGCAACAGAUGGGGGGCCCCCCGAUGGGGCCCCACCUCUUCUGCUGGUGGAGGAUUUGUGCGGAGGUCCUCAAAGGACGGUCAGAGGGGCCCUGGUGCUGCUGUUGCUGCAGCAGCAGCUGCUGCUGCUGCUUCCUCAGCAGCAGCAACGGGACCCAACGCCGGAAGCAGCAGCCUAAAUGCGCGCAGUGCUGACGUCGGGGGCCCUACAGAUGGUCUGACUGCCUCACCAGCUGGAUCCGGGAUGGGACGUGAUAAGGGGCAACGAAGACAGCGCGGCUCUGCGCGUAGUAAGAGGGAAGACGAACAAACAGCAAAUAGAAAAUGGAGACACCAGGGUGGUGGUGUGGGAAGGAGCGGCGGAGGGAUGGGAGAGAGGCGAUCUGUGAUGGGGGGCCCCUCUGACGAGCACCAGGGGGCCCCCGCUGCCUCUGCAGGUGGAGACGCAGCAGCAGGAGCUGCUGCUGCUAGGGACUCUGCAGCGCCGCCUCAGCAACAGCAGCAGCAGCAGCAGCAGCAGCAGCAGCAGCAGCAGCAGCAAGCGGGCCGACAGCAACCUAAUGCCUCUCGAGAUGCGGCGAGGGUUUCAGCUGUACAGACAGAUAACCGCUUUUCUGCAUUCGCAGAUGCAUCAGGGGAUUCCGAUUAA